CUUUCAGCUUGGAAGAACUAUCGUAGAGAUAAGAAGUAUAUGUAUACACCUACUAAAUGAAGUAGAAUUUAUUGGGAUCAAAUCAAAAUGGCCGUGCCGUCGAGAGUCCGGUUAUCGUCCUUCGGAUUUUUCCCGGAAAAUUCCCAGGCGUUUUCCACAAAACUCAGCACCGUCUCAGAUGUCAGACUCUCCACACAUUUCGGUCUACUUUCGAAGCCCGAGGAAGCAAAAACCUUCCUAGUCUAUCCUGAUUUAGACAAACGACAUUCCACCCCAUACGAGAGAAACUACUGCAAUAUUAAAGUCGUUGAUACCAAAAAUAAUAUUUUACCAAUCUACGGUCACUGGGCAGGAAGAAAAUUCAAGAAACCCAUGCAGACUUUCUGUACUGGGAGUAGAUACGUGGGUGAAUGGAAUGCUCUUGGAUUUUGUGGAGAAGGGGUUUAUAGAUAUCCACAUGGUGCUAUCUACGAAGGCGAAUUCAGCCAAAAUGGACUAUUUCACGGAAUUGGCACACUAACUUAUCCCAAUGGACAAAAAAUUCAAGGAAUUUGGAAAAAUGGGGAACUGACAGAAGAUUCCACAUUUAUUUUUGCGUGUGGUGAAGUAUUAGAUGAGGACUUCAGGUAUUGCCAGAGACCAGACAGGAGAUUUCAUGUCGAAAUACAGAAGGAAUUGGGGCCAGCAGGUCAAGAAUAUCUGACGAACGAUCAACCUACCAAGAAAUUACCGCAGGGCUGCUAUGAUGUUGGGGAGGGACUGUAUGAUCCAAAAAUUGGUUGCAUAAUGUCUUUUCCAAAAAGUUAUGCAGGAAGUAAUACAUCAAUGAAAAAAUCUCAUAAAUUUGUUUCUCCUGUUACUUUCAACCUGGAUGACUAUAAAGAAAAACAGUUGAGAGAAAUUUCAAGCAAAAGCAAUGUUACAUCUGAAACUAUGAUGAUGUCUACGAGUUUGGGAUAUGAUGACGAUCAAUAUUAUGAAGUCAAUGGUAGACGAUUUCUUGAAAUCCCAACUGCCCCAAAGGUAGCUUGGAUAAAAGAAAACUGCCGCAAAGCUUGGGACGAAAACAUAGGAUACUGUCCAGAGUUGUACGAGAAGUGGAUGGCAGGACGCAGGUACGAAGUGUUCCUUCAAGACAAACAUGAAGUCUUCUAUCAAGACAGACACGACAGCCUGUUCGAGGGGGACCCCAAAUGGCUCACAAAUGGAGAAAAAAGACGCGCGGAAGAUUCACAAUCCGCAAAGUUUGUUAGAUUCGUUCAGAAGAACGCGAUAGUAUACGAUAAAUCGGAUAGGUCGGACAGGUCAGAAAGAUUGAAAAGCAUCAGAACCAGCCCAAUGAGACAUGACAACAGGCAGAAAUUUUAUGAGAGGGGGUAUCCAGAGAGAAGUAAAAAUCUUGGAAAUGGUUACUACAAAUAGAAGAAAGUUUAUUGUUUACAUGGUGAAUGGUAUUCAACAUAUCUUUAGUGGUCAUUAAAUUCAACUCACCCACAUCAAACCUAGUUACAUAAUU